AUGCCCUGGGACAGGUAUCCCUGCGCCGCGGCGCCCCCGGGAUCUGCUGCCAUUCGGUUGGGAAAGGAAGAGCAGAUGGAGAAGCCGGACACAGGUCACAGCAUGAUCCAUGGAUGGAGCCUGGGCGAUGGACACGACUGCUCGAUAAAGUCCCUGCUCCAGCUGGGCUCCGCGCUCGCGGCGCCCGUCUGCAUCCUCGUCAACGGCGGCCGCUCCGUCAAGAACAUGAGAAUCAUCAAAGCUGUGGUCAAGAGCUUCAAGUAUUUCUUUGGCCUGAAGUUUGAGGUGAAAGGCCUGGAGAACUUCGAGGUGGAGGGUCCUGCUAUCAUCGUGUCCAACCACCAGAGCAUCCUUGAUAUGAUGGGGCUGAUGGAGGUCCUGCCCGAUGGCUGUGUCCAGGUGGGCAAGAGGGAGCUCAUGUACGCCGGCAGCGUGGGCCUCAUCAUCUACCUGGGCGGCGUCAUCUUCAUCAACAGGAAGAGCACCAGCAGCGCCAAGAUGGUGAUGGCUGAGGUGGCCAGGACCAUGGUGGCGGACAACGUGAAGGUCUGGGUGUACCCGGAGGGCACCAGGAACUGCACCGGCGACUUGCUGCCCUUCAAGAAAGGAGCGUUCCACAUCGCCGUGCAGGCGCAGGUCCCUGUGAUCCCCGUGGUGUAUUCCUCCUACACCUCCUUCUACGACCCGAAGAAGAAGCUCUUCAAAUCAGGCAAAAUCAAGGUUGAGGUUCUGCCACCGAUAGAGACCAAGGGGCUGACAACAGACGACGUCUCGGCGCUCACGGACAGGUGCUUUUGUCUCAUGCGGGAGACCCUUUUCAGGCUGUCGGGCCGCCCGGCCCAAGCGCAGGGCUCCUCCUAGAUGCCUCUCCAGUGGUGGCACCAUGUGGUGGUGGCCGAAGGGACCGCUCUGUUGCCAAAUACCAAAGGGACUUCUCUUCCUCUGCAGUGACUUCUAACUCUGGGGACACCACUCUGGCACACACGGGGUGUCAAGCCAGCCCC